CCCAAUCUGGCAACACUGCUGGCGUGGCCGCCGUCAACAAUAAUUAUCACAACAGUGCGCCAGUCAGCGCUACCGUGUCUAAUCAUCAAUUUAGGGCAGCAAGUUCUAGUUGUUUUUAUAUUCAGGUGCUCUCUGGUCCUAGUUUGCCGUGCCUGGUGUUAUGGACAGCUGACAUUUGGAGGCUUUUAAGAGACUGUAGGCCAACAGUUCACAUCGAGUUGUUUACGUGUAGCUAGUUAGCCAGUUAGCAAAUCUGACAUCCGAUGCUCGUUUUAGGAUGAAAUGGAUACCUUUUUUGUUUCCCAUGGAUUAAUACGAUCGUUUAACAGGUCCCACAAUUCUCCACAUCAGAUGUGGUCGGUUCAAGCAAGUUAGAAACACAAACUGACGCAAGAUGGAGAAACCUCCUUUCAGACAGAACCAGGUCUGUGGGUCAUGGCUUAUGAAGGAGAGGCUGGGGACAGGAGGAUUUGGACAUGUCUACCUGUAUCAAAAUCAGGAAACCUCGGAAAAGAUUGCUGUGAAGCUCUGUCGCCUUGAACUUAAUGCAAAAAACAAAGACCGAUGGAGUCGAGAGAUCCAGAUUAUGAAAAAGCUGAAGCACCUUAAUGUGGUGACAGCAAAGGAUGUGCCUGACGAGAUGAUGCACAUUGCCCUGAACGAUUUACCGCUUCUAGCCAUGGAAUUCUGUUCCAAGGGAGACCUUCGAAAGUUACUCAGCAAGCCAGAAAAUUGUUGUGGGUUAAAAGAGAGUGAGGUGUUGGCGCUACUCAAUGAUGUUGGUUCUGGAAUCCAGUACCUCCAUGAGAAUAAGAUCAUUCACCGAGAUCUCAAACCAGAGAAUAUUGUGCUUCAAGACAUCAAUGGAAAGCUUGUCCACAAGAUAAUCGACCUUGGCUAUGCCAAAGACCUAGAUCAGGGGAGCCUGUGUACUUCAUUUGUGGGGACUUUACAAUAUCUGGCUCCAGAGCUGUUUGAAGGCAAGUCGUACACGGUCACUGUGGACUACUGGAGCUUUGGCACCAUGAUCUUUGAGUGCUGCUGUGGUUUUCGGCCGUUUCUUCAUAAUCUUCAGCCUGUGCAGUGGACAAGCAAAGUGCGAAACAAAGGUCCUAAGGACAUAAUGGCUGUAGAAGACAUGAAUGGUGAAGUCCGCUUUUCCACCCACCUCCCGUACCCCAACAAUCUGAGCAGGACACUACUGGAGCCCUUGGAGGGGCUGCUACAGCUGAUGCUGAAGUGGGACCCAGUACAGAGGGGAGGAGGAUUGAAUCCAGAAACAAAACAGCCCCAAUGCUUUGGUCUUCUAGAUCAAAUACUGAACAUGAAGGUUGUGCACAUCUUAAACAUGACAACGACCCAGGUUCACUCAUUUCUGCUUAGCCCAGAUGAAGGGCUUCAUUCUCUGCAACAGAAGAUUGAGACCGAGACCAACAUCGAACUUCUGAAUCAAGAGCUUCUGCAGGAAACAGGAGUCAUGCUAGAUCCCAGGAAACCUGCUGCACAGUGUGUGUUAGAUGGAGUAAGAGGAUGGGACAGCUACAUUGUAUAUCUGUUUGACAAGAGUUUGACCAAGUACUCAGGACCUCUAACAGCUAGAACACUUCCUGAGAGUGUGAACUUCAUCGUGCGGGAAACCAAAACUCCGCUUCCUCUGAGUGCCCUUAAAAAGGUUUGGGGUGAGGCGGUAAGCUACGUUUGUGGCCUCAGAGAAGACUAUAGCCGCCUUUUCCAGGGCCAGCGUGCAGCCAUGUUGAGCCUUCUCCGCUAUAACACCAACCUUACGAGAUAUAAGAACAUGAUGUUCUCCUUUUCGCAGCAGCUCAAAGCAAAGCUUGACUUUUUUAAGAGCAGCAUACAGUAUGACUUGGAGAAGUACAGUGAUCAGAUGCAGUACGGCAUAUCCUCUGAAAAGAUGCUGAAGGCUUGGCAGGAAAAUGAAGAGAAGGCUUCUGCGUUUGUACAGGUGGCAGAGAUCGGCCACCUGGAUGAGGAAAUAAUGGCGUUGCACUCAGAAAUAGUUGAGCUUCAGAGAAGUCCUUAUGCUCGUCGACAAGGAGAUGUCAUGGAGCAACUGCAAGACAGAGCAGUUGAGCUCUACAGACAAUUGAAGGCAAAAUGCAAAAUGCCAGACCCUCAGCACGGCUACAGUGACAGCUCUGAGAUGGUGAAGGUCAUUGUACAGACUGUCCAGAAUCAGGACCGGGUACUGAGGGAUCUGUAUGCACACCUCAGUAAAAUCCUUCUGAGUAAGCAGAAGAUCAUCGACCUCUUCCCUAAAAUUGAGAGGACACUGGAGAGCAUUAAGGAGGCAGACAGCACGGUCAUGCAGAUGCAGAUCAAGAGACAGAGAGAGUUCUGGCAUUUACUGAAGAUUGCAUGUGCACAAAACAGCACACGAAGCACUGUGAGUCAGAGUGGAGAGAUGUCCUCCUCGCUGUCGGCAUGGAACCAGACUCAAGCCCAGUGCUCCUCUCGCCUGCCCAUGUCCCUGCAGGUGCCACCACAAGAGGGAGAAACAGUCAAUCAUUUACUCGAGGAGAACCAGCGAUAUUUGAGUCAGCUUACCAGUUUACUGCAAGAAACCACUGAAGAGAAAUCAGAGAGCAUCAUGACUCAAGACUGGAGCUGGACUAAAUAUGAAUCCCUGGUUGCUAAAUCACAACGUUUGUAGAGUCAUGGUGAACCCUGUGACAGGAAGUAACAAGUCAUUCUUUUAAAUACAUUUAUUCAUCAUCACUGGAUCGGGUUUGUGUUGACCUGUAUGAUUUGUUAAUCAUAGAGUAACUACUUUGUCAAUAUCUGGAUUCCUUUAAAAUCACAUUUUGCAGUCUUGUAGCAACUCUCUCUCUCUCUCUCUCUAUAUACAUAUAUAUAUAUAUAUUGAGGAUGCAUUUUUAACUGAUGCAGAACCAAGAACAUGCAAACAAAAUUCAGGCAAUGUAACUCCAGAAAUGUAUUUAUUUACAUACUUCAUUGUUUUCUGUAUGGGCUGAUUGUACUUUUAUUUUAGGUGGUAGAGGUAUUAUAAUAAUUUUUUUUUUUAUGGUAGUUCCGCAUCUGCACUUUAAAGGCUCACUGUGAAUGUUUGGAAAGGUGUGAGGUCUGGCAAUGAAAUUGGUCAUGUUUAAAUAAUGCACUUCAGCUUCACUUUUUGAAAGCUUAAGAAUUCAGUGAGGCUCCAAGUAAAGGUUUACAACAGACAGAUUGAAAGGCAGAACGAUGCUGAGGAAGAGAAAAGCGCAGCUCUUUAGUCACAGGUCCCAUGAAAAUGUGUUUGGUCAGACAUAUACCUGCACAGUCUUUUUAUAUUUUGGAUUUGGCAGUGAUGGCAACAAAAGUCUUCAUAUGAGUUAUUAGCAGCUGGAAAUGAUUGUGAUCAUUCAUCAGUGGGCAAACUAUAAUCAAUAAUCAAAACAGUCUUGUUAUUCCCUUUUUACAUCACAUUUUCAACCAUGUUUUUGUCCAAAGAUGAUCAGCCUUCAUACAAGAGUUCAUCACAGAAUGUUGUAUAAGAUUUUGCAUAUUAUUAUAUUUUAUUUGUUUUGUUGGAUUAUUAUCUAAGGAUAUUUCAGACAUGGGUUAAAAGCAUCUUAUGAAAGAACACCUAGGUUUUAAUGUGUUUACUGUAUACAUGACAAAUAAAGUAAUUAAAGUGAUAUCCGUUAUGUUAA